CUUCGCAUUCCCAAACCAAUAGGGAGAGAGUAGAUGCUAAUCUAUAAAUAUUGAUGUUCAAACUCGAAGCUUUCGUUGAAAUUACUCAGCAAAAUCUAUGUAUAUUUGGAACAUUGAAUACAUCAAACUCUUAAACACAAUAUAAAGAGAGUCGCUGUCUCCGUAGUUUUGUCCGGCGAUCAUAGUUUCUUUCUCAAUUAACUUUCUACCAAGUGGUGAUUUGCCUUGACUUUUCUACACCAAUUUUUUUUUUGAGCAACUAAAACACAUAAUUCUGCAAUUUAUCGAUUGUGUUGUCAACCCAGUAGCUUGUGGUGGAAGAAACCAUGGAGAUGGAGCAGCAGUUGGAGUGGAACGAAGCACAGAAGAUUGUGAUUAAUGUAGACCUCGUUGCUGCAGCCAAACAGCAUCUUGAGUUUCUUGCUACCAUUGAUAGGAAUCGUUGGCUCAAUGAAGGCCCUGCUCUGGAUAUCGCAAUUUAUAGGUACUAUUCUUGUUGGCUACCGUUGUUAGCAAAACACUCCGACAGCCCCUUCUUUGAAGGACCUUUGGUUGUUCCCCUUGAUUGUGAAUGGAUUUGGCAUUGUCACAGGCUCAAUCCUAUUAGAUACAAAACUGAUUGCGAGGAAUUAUAUGGGAGGAUUCUUGACAACCAUAACAUUGUAUCUUCUGUGAAAGGAAUAUCACAAAUGGAAACAGAAGAGACAUGGAAACACUUGUAUCCAAAUGAACCGUAUGACUUGGAUUCAGCAAGAGCUCUUUCAGAUAAUAACCCUGCACAAAUUCUAAAAUCUGAAAAGUGCAGUAACUAUGAUCUAGUCUCUGCUGUUAAAAGGCAAAGCCCCUUCUUCUACCAGGUGUCUAGACCCCACAUGACCAGCGAGGUCUAUCUUGAUGGAGCUGUGGCUCGAUACAAGGGUUUCUUACACUUAAUCCGAAGAAACAAAGAAAGAUCAAUUGAUAGCUUCUCUGUUCCAACAUAUGAUAUUGACCUUAUCUGGCACACUCAUCAGUUGCAUCCUAUUUCUUAUUGUAAAGACCUUGUUGAUAUUAUGGGUAAGGUGUUAAAUCAUGAUGAUACUGAUUCAGAUAGAACAAAAGGGAAGAAGCUGGAUACUGGGUUUUCUGGAACUACAAAGUUCUGGGAGGAGAUGUAUGGUUUAAGAUAUUGGAGGGCAGGUGCAAUGUAUAGAGGAAAUGCACCAUCUCCUCUAAGAAUUUGUCCUUACCCCUCCAAUCCUGUGACCAAGAAGGCAGAUACAUUCCAUGCGGAUCACAAGAUAAUUCAUCUUCCAGAGAUGAAAGUUUUGGAAGUCAUGUUGGAGAUCAUAGGCAUAAAAAACUUACCCAAAGGCCACAAGGGAGACUUCUUUGUUUCCUUUAGCAAGUCACAGCCUGAUAGAAUCUUCAAUGCAAAAAAGAAACUUACAAUUUUGUCUGAGAGUGGGGAAAAGCAGGUUGCUUACUUCCAAUGUGAACCUUGUGGCCAUCUUCUAAUAGAACUCAUGUCCCAGUCAUCUCAUGAUUUGCCGAUUUUAAAAUCGGUUGAAGUUAUAGGUUCUACUGCCCUCUCUUUAGAAGAUUUGACUUGCCCAGCUUCACAACUCACAAUGGAAAAAUGGUUGGAAGUUGUGCCAAGCACUAAAAUAGAAGCAUCGGAAUCACUCUGUAUACGAGUAGCUGUAUCAGUUACAACACCUAGUGCCGCACCAUAUGUGUUUCACAUGGUUUGCUCCCGAGCAUUCUCAAAUUUUUUUUGUCUUUUCGCAUUUCGUGGAAGGAAUCAGUAUGCAAAGAAUUGGACUCAUGUCACUGAUGAUGCUGGUGAUGAGAUCAUUAGCCUACAAAUGAGGAACUCCAAGAAAUCAAAGAGAAUGAGUGGCUCUAUAUUGCAAAAAGAGUUGAUUGGCAUCAACAAGGCUGGUGAGACGCAUACUCUUGCUGAGUUAGUUGGAAAAGAGUGGUUGUUGUUGGAUUCCCGCUGGUCCCUCCAAUUUCAAACUUGCAGAGACGAUGACGGUGACCUUUUGGAGCUGGUUGGUGAUUCCAGGAUUGUAAAGCUCUUCCCUGGUCAAAAAUUGGAUUAUGAGCACAAGCAUUGUGCAAAGCAAAGAAAUCAAGAUGAUUUUAUGACGGCAAUUGAAUUCUCUUCAGAGCACCCAUAUGGAAGGGCACUGGCGUUGCUCGACUUAAAAUGUGAUGUUAUCAAUGUCAAAGAAGAGUGGCUACUUUUGCCUGGGAUAAUAACAGCUUUUAUACUAGGUCAUAUCUUGAGAAAGGAAGGGUAUAGUAAAUUGCUGAGCAUUGGCAACAAUUUGAAGGAUAAGAAUACCUUCUUCAACUGAAGAAACUAAUGCAUGCAAAAUGAAUAGGGCAACUAAAGUAGUCUGAAAUUCUGAUGAUGCAUGUGGAUGUAGAGGUCACAAAAGGAGGAGCAAACAGUGGAGGCUGUGGCAGUUCUUGCAUUUGGUAUGACAGAAAUCAUUUUUAUGGAGCAGGUUAAAGAGUAGCGGUUGUAAGUUGUAACGGAUGAAGAAGCAGGGAUGUGGCAGUGGCUAUGCUGAUGAUGAUUAUUUGGUGUUCAGAGAAAGGGAUGAUAGUCCACUAGAAGCUACUAUUUAAGCUAAUCUGGUUCUGAUAGGUUGAUGCUUGUAUGUUUGUGGAUCCUCUCCCAGUGUGUACAUGUUGAGCUCUUUUGGUUCAUGAUGCUUGAGUGUAUUCAGGAUUCUGGCUGCUUAGAAAUGUGUAUUUAUAAUUGUUAAUAUGCUCAUGUGUCUCUUUUGUGCAGGUGUGUAUCAUGUAUAUAACAUGUAAAAGCUGAAUAAGUUUCUAAGUUGUCAAUUA